AGAAUCAAGAGAAUCGGUCAACAGUUGUUUUCAUAUACACUGUGAUACAUGAAUAUUUGCUUUUUCGAAGAAAGUCAUCAACUUAGCAUCAAUCGAGACAUUGCUCGUUGUUUGGUUGGGGCAGGCCUCUCGGUUGGUGCCGUACUCGACGACUUUCCCCUAGAGAAAAAGAGUAACCGUUUUUCAGCGUAUAUCAGCGUUCCUAACUUGGAAGUUAGUUGACUCGCGUAACCGUACUAAUAAGUAAAACGAAAGACAAGAGGUGCGCUAGUGUUCGCUAAGCUACCCCCAGCCUUACUACCCCCACCCUUCCGUUCGAGCUCCCCUAGCUAGUGCAAAUCUCGGCGGAUGAAUGUUUUCUUAAGGGAUUCUUCCCGAAAGCGACGCGAAAAUCUGAGAGGAGUCGAGGGAGCUGAAUAUUUGAAAAUUGUUCCGAAACGGUACUAUAAUGGAGAGUGGAAGUAUCUUACAUACCCCGGGUAAUUACCCUGGUGGAGAUCGUCAGCAGUUUUGCGUUUCCUGGAAUUCUCAUCACGCGAACAUGCACAGCGCGUUUCCUAAACUUUUAAGUUCGGAGCAGUUCGUCGAUGUCACUUUGGCAUGCGACGGAGGGUCAAUAAAGUGUCACAAAGUGGUAUUGUCAGCUUGUAGCGAUUAUUUGGAACGUUUACUACUAGAAAUACCGUGCACCCAUCCUAUUAUCUUUUUGAGAGACAUGAGAAUGUGGGAACUUCAGGCUUUGGUGGAAUUUAUGUAUCGUGGAGAAGUAUACGUAGAGCAACAGCAGCUGGGUAAAUUAAUGCAAGCUGCCGAAGUAUUGCAGAUUCGUGGUUUGUCCACUCAAGGAAACGACAACUCUUUAAGCGAAAGUAGUUCGCAACAGUGCGACUCUAAUACUCCUGUUACUCCAUCGACGACCACACAGCAGGAUGAGCCUAAUUUUAAACGCGAAGAAACUCAGUCCGAGGAUGGAGCUUCGAACGCUAAUUUUCUCGAAGGCGCAACAGUUGCUGCGUCCAGCACGGCGAGUGCUCCAUCGCAUAGCACUACGCCCGUUACGCAAAAUCCCAACUCUUCGAACUUUAUGGAGCACAGCGAAGCGUUGCAGCAUUUGGAAAAAGCGCUUAGCGCUUGCGAAGCAACUCUGACCGAGACUCAGGGCAUGGUCAAAAUGGAGCCAGACGAGCAAUUUACUCAGCAACAGGAAGUGAAGCCAUACUCGAUUAGUAUGGUACCGAGCAGCAAUUGUAACCCUAGUAGUCCAUUUCCUGCAAUCGAAGGUUAUCAGAGACGACAAAGACGUUCGGAAGAAGAAUUGAAGCAAGCUUCGGAUAUGGUGGCACGCGGUAUGACGUUUCAAGUGGCUUCGGAAAAGUACAAAAUUCCGAUAAGUACGAUUCGAUUCUACAUGGUUAGAAAAGGUAUAUUGCAAAGGCGAAAACGCGGUCGUGGUUCGAGUAAUCUUGGCAUGAAUAGUCAACCGGGAAGUCCCGCGAGUCCGCCAUAUCAUAUGAUGAAUUAUCGUUUGCCAGAGAGCCUAAACUCCAGCCUACCGUAGUGCUGUACGAGAAGUAGCGAGUUUUUAGACUUGAGUUGAAUCGAACAAAUUUUUUAUUGCCGUAUCGGAGCUGUUCCAGACUGUGUCAUUCUUCCCAUCCUUAUCGACUCGCACCGUGUUAUCCGCUUUUCGUUAAAUCAUUCACAACUUGCGAUCACGCAUCAUCUACCGCGAGUGCGUUUUCGCUGCUCUACUCUACUCUAAUCUACUCUUCUCUACUCUACUCUACUCUACUCUACUCUACUCUACACACAUUUAUUGCAUUUACAAAAGAUAGUAAUUUAAUAGAGAAUAAUUGACAACGUGUACGUAUCGUACACGAUAAGUACGAUUUUAGUCUCGAACAGCUCGGCUCCGUGUACAUAAACACCAUACGCCAACUUUCGAACGCGGCAUCGAGACGAAAUGAAAAUAAUUGAAAACUAGAAAACGAACGAAUAUCUCGGGAUGUUUGCAAGAUUAUCGCUCGAUGUCGAGAUAUUUGAAUUGUUUUCAUCGAGUCGUUUAAUUUAAUCGAGUAACUUUCAUUUGGGUACGUUUUAUUCGUUUUCUUUCCCAUCGCGACUUGAACGGACAAGAAGGAAUGUGUGUAACGAGUGUCGAUGCAGCGUUCGAAGGCUACUCGUACGGUUCAGUUUUGGGCCGUGUUCCGUUCUUCUAUUUAGUGACACAUACACCUUGCGUACAUGGAUAGCGUGAGAGGUAUUUUUUUGAGUCCUAUACACAGAUUGCUACAACAGAUUUACAUAACACGGUUCAUAGAGAAGAUUGAACGCGUCACGCGAAGCAUAUUUUUACGACCGCUCGAAAAUCUUUUGAUAAUGCGUAUCCGUAGGGUAGGUUCUUUUUUAUUACGUCGUAUUUAUAUAUAUAGACAUACACAACACGCAACGUGUGCCCAUCAACAUCACCAACUCGGUUGGGAGAAAACCCGCGCGUACACUUACACGAAUAGACACACACACACAUGCACACCCACACGAACCCGCGCACACACCGGUGGAACGUGUAUGUAUUUUUUAAGUUGCUCUUUUUUUUUGAACCUGUAGUAUAAUCUGUAAUUAAUCCAAAAUUUCAAAUAUCAAUUUUGGUAUUAUAAAACCGAAUAGAAUGUAAUACGCCGUGCGUGUUAGGUUUGCUGGCUUUUAUUCAACGGAAAGAUUAAGGGAAAUGAGAGAUUCGAAGCUUGCGGUCUAAAUGCUUAUUAUAACUACGAUGAGAUCGCAGGCUUCGUCCGCGAACAAAUAUUAGUCAUUAUGUUCAAGACUGGUAACACGUGGCUUACCUGCAACCACGUUGAAUCUUAGUAUACUGCAAAUCUGGAUCUAUUACACAGAUAUUUUUGUAGGCACUUUGUCGGGGAAGGUGUCUUCUUUCUGCCUUUGUUAUGUGUGUGUCUAUAUAUUGUAUUUAUUCACAUAUGUAUACACACACACAUACACGCGCCUGUACGCGCGCGCGUAUACAGAUUAGUACGCGAGUAUGCUGGUUAGUUAUUGAUAUAUUAAUAUGCGCUGUGUAGUACAGUAAUCCCUGUGUGGAUGCCCUCGAUGCUCUUAGUUGUACUAGUUUUCAUAUAGGUAUCUGGUAAAAGUACCGAUGUUUCUCUAUACAUUAAUAUUUGAAGCCGAGGCAGCCGUGUACCAUCCGACGAGGAGAAUAAUCGAGAUGGAUAUAUCGGAAGCACCACCGCAAAUAAAUUAACACCAAACGAAUUUCGACCUCCUUGCUUUCGGCGACGAUUACAAUUACCCAGUAAGAACAUUUCAAAUUUUUAUAUUUUUCGUUAUAUCUUUACGAGAAUAUUAUCGAGUAAUUGACGAGGUUUAUUCGAUAAAAGUACACGAAGUCCAAAGACAGUCUUAUUCCGACUAUUUCGAAUUAUACAAAAUUGGACAUUUUUCCAAAGUGAUCCGAUAAGUGUAUACAUAAACACAUGUAUGAUUGAACAUAGUCCGAAUGAAAACAUGUUUGAGCUAAUUUUCAUUGAGAAAACAAAGCCAAUUCGACGAUGAUACUCCGAAACAGAUGUAACGAAAAAUGUAAUCGCUUUCACCGGCGCCCGCGUUCAAUGAACAAACAUAAUUGCGACGAGGAAAAAAAAAAAAGAUGGCGGCAUAAAAGCGGGGGUUACUGUGUAUAAGUAUGUACGUAUAUGUAUAUAUAUUCGGUAACUCGAUACUCGACACGACGCCACAUUCGAUAUUCAGCACUCGAUGCUCCAAGAGCCGGUACUCGUUAAAAAAAAAAAGAAAAAAAAAGAAAUAUUUACAAUUUAACUUUAUGAGAAAUGUCACCGGAAACAAACACGAUCAAGGCGUAUAUAACGUAAUGCUUUUUACAUGCUAGUGUACAUACACGAAUACAUACAGACAUACAUACAGACAUACGUAGAUACAUACAUAUACACACGUAUGCAUGCAUAUAAGGAACAGUUAUAAUUGAUCGUAAAAAUUCAUCAGUUUUGAUAAAAGCGACCAAAUACGAGGUUUGGUCACUUAACGGAUACUACACUUCGAUUAGUAUUCGUACACUGGAUCUGCCUUUUUGUAAGAUUAUACGAUUACACGUUGAGAUCCGCGACGCAUACGCAGUACGCACCAGCGCACGUACGCGUAGAUAUAUUUAUACGCGCGCGCAUACAGACGUACGUACACAUACAUAUACACUAAGAGACACAAAUAUAACGUAAUCGUACAGUGUAUUGCCUUUGUUAAAUAGCAUUCGGAUAAAGCCAUAUUUUUCCAUGCAAUGCAAUAAUCCAGCAAAAUAAAUUACCGUAAAUGUGAAACAGCCUAAAAUAGGAGAGUGCCAGAUAAAACAAAAGGGAGGAAAAAAAUAAAAAAGGGGGGGGAGAAGAAUAAUGGGCGUAGUCGAUGUAAAACGUUGUACAGACGAAAAUGUCCUACCAUUUAGUACGUAUCUGCCUUUUAUUCUGGCCUCGUGAUAAAUCCUGACUUUAUUUGUACUUGACAAUAUACAGGAUAACCGUGUAAAAGAACGACUAAAUUAGGUUAGGAAACUUUAUGAACAUUCGAUUUCUCGCGGUACGCAGCGAGUCCAGAAAUUCCACCUCGUUCGCGCGAACUCGAGUCGCAGACAGAGAUUGGAACAGUCCGCCGACGGACGUGUUUCCCGAUUCUUGGUUUAACCCCGCCCAAGAUCGCAUAGAUCGUACAAAUAUUCCUGCUAUGCGGUUUUCAUACUCUCCCUUCCUUCGUCCUUUUACCGUUUUUCGUUAUCUCUCUCCACCUCUUUUCUCCUCUCCUCUCCUCUCCUCUCUCUCCUUAACCAUUCACACACGGUAUCUCUCUCUGUUCACCGCCACCCUACCUGCGUCUCUGUAUCGCCCAUCCUUUCCAUUUGUAUCGUAUUGUUCGUUCGGUCGUCAGGAAUCGAAUCGAUUCCGUCGAGAUCUCAGAGAAUGCUAAAGAGGAAAUAGAGAAAAGCAUAUACGAGCGUUGCGCGUGCGGCGAGGUAGAUAUUUUUUUUUCUUUCUUUCUUUCUUUCUUUUUUUUUUUCUUUUUUUGUUCACCGAUGCGUUAGAGGAUUGUUGCUUGGAAAAUCGUAUCGCGCGAAUCAUCGUUCAAAGAGUUCCAGUUGACAAAGGUUUUAUACAGAUCUAUUAAAAACCAGUAUUUCAAACCAAUGAAGAAUAAUUAGUUUUCUAAUAAUAACGAUACAUUUUACGUGAACUUAGUACAGUGCUUAAGUCAGUAAUGCUCAGCGUAUGUAACAAUAUUUUUAGUGGAAAUCCGUGUCAUACUCACGUGAAUUGUAAUGCCCUUAAAAUAUGUAACUAAACAACAAUCAAAGAAGCAUGGACGACACUCGACGACUAUUAUUACUAUAGCCGUUUUCUUAGGAGUACGUAGAUCGUAGCCAUUUCGAGGCAGUUUAUGUUAUAUUUAAUUAGGUUAUCGCUUCGGACUACACUUUUAAAGCGGUAUUAUUAUUUGUAGAUAGAAUUUGCGACUAUACCUAUUACGAUGGUCGAUCAUCCGAUCAUCAUAAUUAAGAUUUCUUUUUACAGUUACCGAGAUCAAUAUUCUACGAACAGCAGGGAACGCGAUCGAUCGGUCGAUCGGUCUUUCCGUUUUUUCCACUCUGCGACGUGGCUUUCAUUCCUUAUCGUAUUUCUUCAUUCUUCCCUGGAAGGAUAUUUCUGUAAAAAAAAAAAAAAAGGAAAAGAAAAGAAAAAGGGACAAAUUUUAAUCGAACGAAUCCAAUCCAGGUAGCGUGCAUUUCUUACAUGCUAAUGUAACGCAUGCCGAAUAUUUGUAUCAUACAAUAGGGUGCGCGCGUUCGCGCAUGUGUGCGUACCGGCGCGUAGCGAAUAAGCGAGUGAGCGAAGAAACGAGUGAGUGAGUGUACGGAUGAGUGUGUGCGUGUGCGAGAAUGAAAGAGCGAGAUAUAGGAAACAGUGCGCAAAAAUUGGUCGGUUCUGUGACUGUUUCGUGCCGAAGCAAUCGAUCGAUCGAUCGGUUCCUUGCUCGGGUUGGAAUCGUGGAGAACGUUCUAUAGAUAUUUUUCGACGAAAUCACAAACCUAUGAAAAGUCCAGUUUUCUAAACGUAGGUUCCUUAAGACUAACAGAUCGAACGUGACCGUUAUGGCAAGGUUGCGUGUAUGUGCAAACUAUCGGUUCGAGCGGGAGCCGUCUUUCGCUGUACAUUCGUCGCGAAUGUUACAAAAAAAAAAAAUGUGUAUGUACUAAUAAAAUGAUAAAUGAGUCGAUACGGGUCGAAUCGGGUCGAGUAUACUCAGGCGACCCGCGACUAGCGUGUUUCCCGUUCGAAAGACGGCACCAUUCGACGGUGGUACACGAUCGAAACGCAUCUACGCGUUGCAGAUAGACGUAUAAAUUAGCGGUUAGCGGCAGAUAUAUAGAUAAAUAAUAUGUCCUGCAAAACUCGGCGUUGUUCGGUUAAAUCGCAUUGUAUCGCGAGCGAGCGAGCGAGCGAGCGCGGGUGACGACGAUAAUCAACGUUAACAACCGUAUCACGAAUCGAAAGAAAA